AUGAGGCGGUUGCGGAGCCUUGCAUAUGCAUGCUUGCUGACAGCCGGGACUGCGUCGCAGGAGAGACCAUCUGACGACCAAGUCCUCACGGAGAUCGCGAGCACUGCAUCAUGUGCUGAGUGCCGGACAGUGCUCUUCAGCCUAAAGGCCCUAGCACGCUUCGGCGACCAAGCUGUUGUCAAUGCACUGACAACAGGAUGCAUCCGAGCUGGAGCGGAAGAUGAAGACGUUUGCAAAGGUAUCAUUGCCCAGGAAGGACCAAUCGUAGCUCGAACUGUCAGGAACAUUGCCAUACCAUCACGUGCUUCCGACCUCUUAUGCACAGUCCUUCUAGCGCAAUGCGAUGUGCCAAAAGUACGACCUCAUCGAAUCAAAUUCCCAAAGCCAAAGCCAAACAUCACACGACCUGCACCAAGUGGUCAGAAGCCCACUAUAUUUGUGCAUUUCAGCGAUGUUCAUGUCGACCUUGACUACGAAGUGGGCAGCAGUGCCAAUUGCUCAAAGCCAAUCUGCUGCCGGUCAUUCACUCCAUCAGACGCACCUGGCAACAACUCUUAUCCAGCUGGGCCUUACGGAAAUCAUAAUUGUGAUUCUCCAAAGACACUAGAGCAGAGCUUUUACAAUGCGAUGGAGAGAUUUGCACCUGAUGCAAAAUUCGCGCUCUUUACUGGGGACGUUCCCGAGCAUCAUGUCUGGCUUGUCAAUCAAUCCAGCGUGACUCGCAGCAUCGAGGACACUUACCAGGAAAUGUCAUCGACCUUGAGAAUGCCGGUCUACGGAACGCUUGGAAACCACGAAGCCGCCCCGGUAAACAGCUACCCCUUCAAAGGGGUUGUCGAUCCCAUCAGUAGUCAAUGGGUCUACGAUGUUGUGUCGAAUGCUUGGUCAAAAUGGAUUGGCAAAGAGUCCAGAACUGCAGACGAAUAUGGAGCAUACUCAUACAAAGUGCCAAACACGAAUCUCCGUAUCAUCUCACUGAACACGAACCUCUUCUACAAGUUCAACCUUUGGGUGUACGAGGCGGACAUGCAGUACGAUCCAAAUCGACAAUUCAAAUGGCUAGUAGAUGAGCUCCAGUCUGCUGAAGACGCCAGGGAACGAGUAUACAUUAUGGGACAUAUGCCACCUGGAGUCAACGAUGCUUUGCAUGAUGGCUCCAACCAUCUCGAUCAAAUCGUGAACCGCUACGAUGCUACAAUAGCGGCCAUGUUCUGGGGUCACACGCACAAGGAGUCUUUUGAGCUGAGCUACAGCAAUCACUCUGAUCUAUCUCAUGAAACGGCCAGCAUGGUGUCUUACAUCUCACCGAGUCUGACACCGACUUCGGGCUCUCCAGCUUUCCGCGUUCUUACAGUCGAUCCGGUCACCUUUGGCAUUCUCGAUGUUACAACAUAUUCCGCUCCACUCGAGCAUCCGAAAUACCAGCAAGGUCCCAUGUGGAGCAAAUAUGCAUCAGCAAAAGAAACGUAUGGCCAACUCGUCGGAUUGACGGACCCGUCCUCAGAGUUGACACCUGCCUUCUGGCACAACGUCACGGAAGCCUUCGAAAGCGAUGACGAUGCUUUCCAGGCAUACUUUGCUCGAAAGAGUCGGGGCUGGGAUAACAGUACAUGCACUGGUGACUGUAAGAAGGAUGAGAUAUGCCAAAUUCGAGCCGCUGAGGCGCAGUAUAAUUGUCAGGUACCCAAUAGACGAUUCCCAUCGGACAAGAGCACAAGAAAAAUCGGUCUCAGACAUGAUGGCGAUGAGUGUUCUAGCAGUGGACUUGCCGCUAUUUUGCAGAGCAUUUCAAGCAAAGCGGCGCAGAGACAGCUGAGGCAGGCGAAGCAGGAGCUUUGA